AUGGAUUAUAAACCUGGGAAGGCUAACCUUGUGGCUGAUACUCUAAGUCAUAAGGGUGAGUUAGCUGCCACUGCUACCCAGCCUCAGUCCUCUUUUUUUGAGCGCAUCAGGGAAGGAAUGAAUCAUGAUGCGCAAGCUAAACAGCUUUUAGAGAUGGCUAACAAGGGUAAGACGUGGAGAUUUUGGAUAGAUGAUGGAUUAAUCCGCGCAAGGAGAGGAUGUCUCUUUGUACCUAGAUGGGGUAACUUGCGCAAAGAGAUCAUGCACAAGUGUUAUGAUUCUCUAUGGGCUGCCCAUCCUGGGGUUAGGAGCACCAUGGCUCUUGUGGAGUGUGCGUAUUAUUGGCCCUGUAUGUUGGAUGACAUUGAGCUUUAUGUGAAAACCUGCUUGAUAGUUGAUUUGGUGGAGAAAAGGGUGAUGAUAAAGAUUUGGAAUUUGCAUUUGAAAUGGGAGAAGAUUCAAGAAGGCGUUUGUACGCAAUCAGGAGUGUUUCGCUGGCUGGGAUAA